GAUGCGACAGAUAGGAUUUCUGGUUCUUGUUGCCAUAGUACAACAAAGUCAGCCCAGUUAAGAGAAUAAGACGUUUGAAAAUGGUACGGGCAAAUUACGAACCUUUAAACAACAGCUAUAACAUUUACAUUCAUUCGCGUGUAUCGGCAGGAUUCUUAAUACCACUCUGCUCCGUGAUAAAUGCUAUUUCAGGACAAUGAAGAAGGCCUGUUAUUCCGCAACCGCUGAAAUGUAUAUAUUUUUUUACAAAUACGUGGUUAUGCUUAUUUUAGACAUAGGAAAUUACUGGUGAUAAAAUUAUUGAUUUAUUAUUAUCACUCACGUUGGAGUGAUGUUUAAGAAAAUGAAUGCUGUUUUCCGUCCGAACAACGGGCAGAAAUGUCGGGGCGCCUACAAGUCAGAGGACUACCACAACGCAUGUACGGUGAAGCUGGUGCGAAGUACAUCGAUGCUCGUGGUGGGCGAAACCCGACAACGAAUUUCCGAUUCGAUGUUAAAACGCAGCAAAAGUUCUGUGAACAUAGCAUCCACCACAGCACUUUAUUACUACCACAGACAAGAGGACCGGAUUUGGCUGUAUUCCCAGAACCGGAACUGCCUUCAAUAUUUGGAGGAUCUGGUGGCUUUACGGCGACAGUAUAAGAACAAUCUGAGCCAUCUUAAUAGCAAAGACGCGAAAGUACCCGUUUCCUCCAAAAAGAAGUCACCCCCACCACCCCCUGCUCGGGGUGAGCAGUUUAAUGCACAGACAUCAAAAACCAAAGCCACAGCAGCACCAAUCCCCAGUGAAGAGGAUACUCUUGAGUUUUUUGAUUCUGUCAUUGCGAGUUGUGACCUGGAGCCCAAGCGUAAACCUAACUUGGAUGACGGACACGCAGAUGUAGAUUUCAUUGUGGCCACCAGCACCAGUGAGCAUGACCUUCACUCCAACUGGGUGCUGCGUAACCCCAGGAGGUUGUUCGUAGAUGAGGGCAGGCUGAAGACACCACAGGCACAAAAGAGUGUGAGGGGUGGAGGGAGCAGUUCAGUGGGAAGCAGGAGGCAGCUCCAGAGGAACCCCAUCCACUUGCCCAAGGUGGUGGAGAGUGCCUUCCAAACAUUGCGUUUUAAACCAAAGUUCAAGAAGAAGGAUUAGCUUGCUUUACUUGCGUGUCCUGGGGCAAGUGUGGAAAGGAUGAGGGACUGGACUCUGGACUGUCUAUUGCGAGAGCGUAUAGUAAUGUAUGUGUUCCUGUUUUUUUU